AUGCGUAUCUCAGUACCAACCAUUGUCGGCGGCUCUGGAGCACCAAGACGAACAAUUUCACCAGCUGCGGCGGUUGAACGUAUCGCAGAAUUCCUUGCGCCAGGAAAAGUGACGCUACUUACCGGUGCAGGCGUUAGCGUUGCUUCGGGGAUUAGAGCAUAUCGGGGAAAAGACGGUAGAUAUAUGAACCCCAAUUACAAACCGAUUUUUUAUCACGAACUAACCGACGAGAGUGAAAAGGGUUUUGUUUUCAGGCAAUCCGUCAGGUUGAUGUUUGGUAGGCUUCGAUCAUACUUGGGCUACCCCUCUGUCCGGGACGCUCUGCCUAAUACCAGCCACUAUGCAAUUGCCGCACUCCAAUAUGCAUCAUACUUACCUCGUCUCGUGACGCAAAAUGUAGAUGGGUUACACCACAAAGCGAUUGCGCACCUUUGGGAGCCGGAUCAUAUCCGAAAGCAAAUACUUGAACUCCACGGAACCCUCCAUCGGGUACAUUGCAAACGCGGUCAUGUAGUCCCCAGAGACGUAUUCCAAGAUUGGCUUUCUGCUUCUAAUCCGCAACGGAAGGCAUUUGUUGACAAUCUAGAGAAGACCGGGAGCAAACUACGCACGAAUCCUGACGGUGAUGUGGACUUGGAAGGCGUUUCUUAUACCGAUUUCGUGGUCCCAGAGUGUCCCCAGUGUACAUUGGAUGGUCACCAGAGCUCUUUCUACAAACCAGAGCUGAUAUUCUUUGGUGAAUCGAUACCAAGUCGGAUUAAGGACCGCUCGUUUCAUGAUAUUGAUCAGUCUGAAAGGGUUUUCGUCCUCGGCACUACACUGGCGACGUAUUCCGCAUUCAGGCUGGUAAAACACGCGUUAGAGCUGCGGAAACCAGUCAUGUUGCUGAAUGUAGGGCCAACGAGGGCUGACGAACUUCCAGGUGUAGAGAAACUUGAGAUAUCGAGUUCCCUGGUGUUGCGAGACGUAGUGCGAGCCAUCCUGGGUUCUCGUGCAAGCCAGGAUUCUGCGAUAGUUCAUCUUCUCCAAAGCGGCAUUCACCAGCCACCCGCACCAGACCACGAAAUUGUAUCAAGAAAUACUUAG